AUGUCCUCCUACCGGGAUCGACUGGUGGCUUUCUACGAGAAGUAUGCACCCCGCAAGGUGGGGCAGGUGGACGCACAGCUGGAGAAGUACGCCGGACGUGAGGAGGACUUUUUUGCUGCGCUUGUGCAGAAGUACGGUCCCGAGCCGGGGAAUGCUGCCGGUACACCUGCAGCCAGCAGAGGUGCCAGCCCCGCUUUCAGUGAAUCCGCCACACCCACCACAAUGGACAGAAUGUCUUCCUACCGGGACCGACUGGUGGCUUUCUACGAGAAGUAUGCACCCCGCAAGGUGGGGCAGGUGGAUGCACAGCUGGAGAAGUACGCCGGACGUGAGGAGGACUUUUUUGCUGCGCUUGUGCAGAAGUACGGUCCCGAGCCGGGGAAUGCUGCCGGUACGCCUGCAGCCAGCAGAGGUGCCAGCCCCGCUUUCAGUGAAUCCGCCACACCCACCACAAUGGACAGAAUGUCUUCCUACCGGGACCGACUGGUGGCUUUCUACGAGAAGUAUGCACCCCGCAAGGUGGGGCAGGUGGAUGCACAGCUGGAGAAGUACGCCGGACGUGAGGAGGACUUUUUUGCUGCGCUUGUGCAGAAGUACGGUCCCGAGCCGGGGAAUGCUGCCGGUACGCCUGCAGCCAGCAGAGGUGCCAGCCCCGCUUUCAGUGAAUCCGCCACACCCACCACAAUGGACAGAAUGUCUUCCUACCGGGACCGACUGGUGGCUUUCUACGAGAAGUAUGCACCCCGCAAGGUGGGGCAGGUGGAUGCACAGCUGGAGAAGUACGCCGGACGUGAGGAGGACUUUUUUGCUGCGCUUGUGCAGAAGUACGGUCCCGAGCCGGGGAAUGCUGCCGGUACGCCUGCAGCCAGCAGAGGUGCCAGCCCCGCUGUAAGUGAACUCGCCACUCCUGCUGUGGCCGGUGCUGCAGAGAUGAAUUCGUUUGCGGAUCAUCAUCAGCCAACUUCUUCUGAGACCAUUAAAAACACCGUGGCUCAGAAGGUGGACGCCAAUGCCAGAAAUAUCGCUGACGAAGACCGACGGGAGCGUUUGCGAGCCCUUGCCGCUCAACUGGGUGUUGCAGUUAAAAGCGACGAUCCGCUUCAGGUUCUUUCUGCUCUUGUGGACGCGAGAAGAGACCGGAAUUUUGGGACGACGUCUCCGGUACGGGACGCUGAUGCGCGGGUGUGUCAGGUGUUGAAUGAGUCUAUGUAUGCACCAUCCACAUCACGACUCACGGCAAGUGUGAAAGCCAUGAUGAUGAUGGAUUCACGUUCCCCGACGGAUCUAUCGGUAAUGCUUGCCGCUGUAAACGAGGAGGAGGCAGAGUCUCGCACGACGCUGGAACUUCUGGCGGCAGAUGACUUUGACAUUCUUCUGGCGGCGCGGCGGCGAGCAUUGAGAAGUGUGGGGCGUGACGGUGCUCUGUCAUCUCUCCGCGCUUCUGCAGAAGCGGCGUUGCUGCAACGGGUAUGGCGGGGGUGGCAUGACACCGCCGCCGACUACGUUAAGCAGGCGAUGCACGGCCGGCAUCAUCAAAGGACGCGGUAUCAGAAGAUGCUUUUCAGCAAGUCGGUCGCCAUGUAUUAUGAUCGAAUCGCACGCUCCCAGCGCCAGCAGGAGCGACGGAGACGACAAGUGGACGCCGCGAAUGCCCAGGCCAACGCGAUGCGACGGCGCCGAUUGCGGGAAACCAUCGCGGAACACGGCAACCUCGUGAAUCGAAAUAUUCGCGCCGUGCUGUUGCGACAGUCACCGGGGGCCCACAACAGCCGCGACACGCCGGAAACACCGGAGCAGAGCCCUGACGCGGUGUUUACGCAUGGCAAGGCGGAGCCGCAAAGGACCCACUCGCAGCGCCUCGCUCAGUCACCCUAUUGGCAUGGCGACUCGGCCAAUCAUCACGGCAGCGGUGAUCGAAGAAACAACCGCAGCUUGUCCUUUUACAGUUACGGCAGUCGCAGCGCGCGCUUACUUGCAAUUGAGAGAGACUUUGACCGUCUACCGUCAGAUGCACGUGCCCGCGUCGUGCGGCGGCUACAGAAGUGGGAUAUUCUGCCCAAAUCGCCCACACAGCACUUUUCAAGGGGUUUCCCUCAUCUCCAGAGCAUGCGGGAGCGCGGGGAGCAGCUGGCACGGCGGCUGGACACACUUGAUGCGUUUGCCGCGGUGGCAGAUGAGGAGGACACGCCCCCACAGUGGUGGAAGAGCGAGACAGAGUUGAGGCAGUACUUGGCUCGCGUUCUCAUUGACGCGUUUGACGCAGAGGAACGAGAGAUGCUUGGGCUGCCGUAUGAGGUAUUAUGA